AAGAAAAGAUUUCCGACCGACCGACCGACAGACCCAUGUUUCUGCACCUUAAGGGCAGUACAACAUCUUUUUCGUUAGGCCUUAUACAGUGACACGAAAAUGAAUCCUUUUAUCCUAUACCAAUACUUUCAUUUUACACAGGGGUCAUUGACGGUUUCGUUCUCAGACCAGAAAUUGACGAAUGCGAUAUCGAAGGUCUUCAGUGAGCUGAGGCAGAGGGUGAUAUGGAGAUACGUAGGACCGAGACCACACCCAAUAGGCAACAACACACUCAUUCUAAAAUGGGUUCCACAAAACGAUCUAUUAGCUCAUCCGAAGAUUCGGUUCUUGAUCUACCACGGAGGUGCAGCGGGCGUACACGAAGCGGUGUACCACGGAGUCCCCAUGAUCGUCAUGCCUCAAGCCGCUGAUCAACCUGCCAAUGCCGCCAUGGUCGAAGGGAAAGGAAUGGGCUUGACCCUUGACAGCGGGACCCUGGACGAGGAGUCCUUCGGACAGGCCGUACACCGGCUCCUUGAAGACCCAAGUUUCAAGGCCAACGCGGUGCGGGCAUCGGAGAUCUUUCGCCACGACAUCGUCCACCCUCUCGACCGAGCAGUCUUCUGGAUCGAACACGUCCUCCAGUUUGGCAGCGGCCAUCUUCGCUCCAGGGCCACCGACAUGGGCUUCAUCCAGCUUCGUUCGCUAGACGUUCUCGCCUUCGUCGUCGCCUUAUUUUCUCUUUCUUUCUUCUUAAUUUGGAAACUCUGUAUUUCGAGAUGCUGUCGGCACCGGCCGCCGGCGAUGACGAGAAAUAUAGAACCCCGGCCUAAAUAACGAUACAGAGGAACCUGUAGAUAAAGACCGCUAAGGGGAGACAUUAAAAGUAGUCUAGACAGGUGGUCGUUAUGUACAGGUACAUUUGAUACAGAUUUCAAUGAGUAACGCUUUUAAAGAGAACCGA